AUGAAGCCUCUCGUCAGUGCCAUGCAAGCAUGGUCUUGCGUGGUCAUCUCCAUCUUCGCAAUCCUCAUCCUCUCGGUCCUCGGCAUAUUAUUCAAGAACAACCACCAUGAAAUGGUUGGAGGUAAAGAUGAUCCUCAAAACGGCCCCGAGGUUGCCGGCACAAUCUUCGUCGCUGUAAUCAUCUACUGCGGCUUUUUGGUAUUCUGUGGCUUGCAGGGCCUGAUGCACGUUCGCGAGAGCCGAAGGGGAGCGAUUGCACUAUAA